GGUGCAAAUAUUUGGCUAUUGUUGUCAGAAUGAGUUCCGACGCACGAGACUUCACAAGGCGACCGAAGAAUUCUCCUUUUUUCCAACAGAAGCUGCCGGCAUGGCAACCCAUGUUUACAGCUAAGAAAUCAACUGUUUGUUUCCUCGUUUCUGGGUUACUUUUGGUACCGCUGGGAGCUGUGUUACUCGUCGCUUCAAACUCCGUUGUAGAACACACCGUUGACUACACCGAUUGCAUCGAGUCCGGUGGCACACGUCGGUGUUCCGAAGCUAUGUUCCCCGGAUCCAAUUGCAGUUGUGAAGUUUCGGUGCAUGUCCAAACUCCCAUUUCGGGCCCAGUAUAUCUGUAUUAUCAGCUGGAAAAUUUUUAUCAGAACCACAGGCGCUAUGCUAGAUCGAUGAGUGAUUCACAGCUUCUUGGAUCACCGGUUUCGGUCGACUCCCUAUCGUCCUGUGACCCGUACGCUUCGGUCACCAAUAUCAGUGGGACUUUUGCAUUCCUACCUUGUGGAGCGGUGGCAAACAGCAUCUUCAAUGAUACCUUUGUUGUAAAGUAUAAAGGAGUCUCAAAUGCUUCUGAUAUUGUGGUUCCGAUGACGAACAAGGGUAUCGCAUGGAAAUCGGACGUUGAUCGAAAGUUUGGUGUCCUCACACCAGCAGCGCUGUCCAACACCGUCAAACCACCGAAUUGGCCCAUAUCAAUUAUGGAACGGUCUCCGGGUGCCUUCAUAACAGACGAAGAGUUAAUGGUGUGGAUGAGGGUAGCUGCCCUUCCCACUUUCAGGAAGCUUCAUAGAAUAAUCCUUACCCAGAACGAGUUUAAGGAUGGACUUCCUACCGGAAUUUACACCAUCUUAAUCAAUUAUGCAUAUCCAGUUAGCGGUUUUGGUGGCCGCAAGUCCUUCAUAAUCGGUAACGUCAGUUGGUUAGGCGGCAAGAACAUUACCCUUGGCGUCCUUUGUAUUCUCACCGGAUCACUCCAUCUUGUCCUGAGUGGCGCAUUCCUUUUGGUUUACCUCUACUCCAGAAGACUCCUGUAUAUAGACAACGGAGCAUUCAGACGAGUUUGAUUCGCGCCCUACUUCUGCGGUCACCCCUGCACCGUAGGUGGACCUGGACAGUCUCAAGAGCUCAACAGCCUCAUAUCUCCUUAAACAGUUAAGGAGGCUCUCUUAUCCCUUACGUCGAUGUGCCUUAGACGACGUCAUUUGGUGUGCACCGGGCGAUCCCACCCACUUCCACCACGUCUUGCUGACUUUUCUCAUGCAACCUUCAAGAGAUUUGCUGCUGCGCAAACCAUCUGCACACAGGGUGCAUGGGUGCUUCACAUCGCGACCGCCUUUUUUCGCUAACAUUUGUCGGUAACGCAUCGGUGUCGAUUUCUCUCGCUUGUCUUUCCCGUAUGCUUUAAGUGCUUUUCGAAUGCUUGCAUAUCAUUGUGACCUCCACUAUCCACUCGUUACCCGCUGUUCACAUUUUAAAUAAUUCGGUCAAAUGACAAACUGCGAUUAUCCUCUGACCAGCUCCCCCGGUGCAAGUAUUGUUUCUAUACUUUUUCACGCGCCUUUGGAUAACCAAACCUUGGUCCUCUUCUAUUCUUUUCAUCCACUCAGCUUGCACGCAAGUAUCACUUUUCGUUUUCCAAAUGCGCUAUAGAUGAUGCAGUUGGGACUUCUUCUACCCCUCAUACCAAUUGACGAAUAUAUGCCAUUCUGACUUCA